CGCCUAUGCUGGGCGCGCAUACCGCUACACAAACGCGCGGCGGGGUGCGUGACCCACGUGGAUGUACCUCGAAGCGCAAGGCCUUGAGAAGGAACGCCUGAUGGGAUUCUGGAUUCACAUCAUCCCUGUCAUCGCUCGAUCUUCCGAUCGGCAUGGACCCGCGAUCGCAAGGACGUCUGAUCAAAGCGACAUUCGAACAAACUCGAGUCGCUCAGAAAGGUCAAACUCGUAGACCCGUGACCCGCCCAUAACAAAUUGGCUACUUCACGCGGCUGAGUCACUGACUGCAUGGUGCGCGCAGUCGUGGCACUUCCAUCUUCGUCCCACAUCGCGACGCCAUAGACCCGCUUGGAGAUCUCCACAACGACCCAUACCUCCGCCUUUCACAUCAGCGUGGGCUCGAAUUGCAAUGUCAGGCUACCUUCCGCCCAACCUUCUCCGGCUGUUCGUUCCUCGGCCCGAGUUGCCAAAAGCCGUCCCACUGGCUACCGACAAGGAUCCCGCACUGCCUCCCAAAGAAUCAAAGCGUAUCAGACCGCUCGAAGGAGUCGCAUCAUAUCUUGAGCGAGCCAGACAAGAUGCAGCUGACAAAGGAGAGGCAACAGAGGGUGCGGAGGAUGAGCAGGUAUUCACAUUGGCCGAGAGCGUAAAGAAGGAACUGAAAAAAGAGUCGAGGCGGAAAAGGCACGAAGAGAACAGAAGGAGAGGAGAGUCAGAAUUUGAUCCGGCCAAAGACCCAAAUGCGGCCGGGGAUCCUUUCACAACCCUGUUCCUUGCCAGACUACCUUACGACCUUACAGAAAGGGACCUUGCCCGAGAAUUUGACGCAUAUGGACCCAUCGAGAAGAUCAGGAUAGUCAAGGACAAGGAGGGAAAACCGCGGGGGUAUGCCUUUAUCGUCUACGAGCGCGAGAGAGACAUGAGGACCGCAUACAAGGAAGCGGAAGGCAUGAAGCUCAAUGGCAGGAGGAUAAUGGUGGAUGUAGAGCGCGGACGGACAGUGAAGGACUGGAAACCGAUGAGAUUGGGUGGCGGCCUUGGUGGCUCUUCGAGAAAGAAGAAAGAGCCUCAAGCAGUAGUCGAAGCACCUGCAUUUGGCGGCGGCUUUGGGAUGCGAGGGGGCUUCGGAGGGAGAGGCGGAUUCAGAGGAGGCUUUGGAGGACGCGGCGGCGGCUUCGGAGGACCUCCAAGAGGCGGCUUUGCACCACGAGGAGGGUUCGCACCUCGCGGUGGAUUUGGAGGUGGAGGAUUUGGAGGACCGCCCGGCGGAGGAUAUGGAGGCGCUCCUUCAGGACCAGGAGGCGGGUUCGGUGGUCCACCGCGGGGGGGAUUCGGUGGUCCGCCCGGUAGGGGAGGUUACGGAGGCGGGUGA